AUGAACUGGGCCUUUUUGCAGGGUCUCCUCAGUGGGGUCAACAAAUACUCAACAGCGUUUGGCCGUAUUUGGCUCUCUGUUGUGUUCAUCUUCAGAUUGAUGGUGUUCCUUGUGGCUGCUGAGAAGGUAUGGGGGGACGAGCAGGGGAACUUUGAUUGUGACACAAGGCAGCCAGGUUGUAAGAACGUCUGUUACGAUCACUUCUACCCCAUUGCCUAUUCACGGCUCUGGUCACUGCAGCUAAUCUUUGUCACCUGCCCUUCACUGCUGGUUUUGCUGCAUGUGGCAUACCGUGAUGACCGUGAGCGAAAGAACCAGCUGAAGAAUGGUGAGGACUGCCGAAAGCUCUAUGAAGACACUGGAAAAAAGCGUGGUGGACUCUGGUGGACCUAUUUAUUCAGCCUGUUCUUUAAGUUAGCAGUGGAUGGUGUUUUCAUUUUUCUGGUGUUCUACAUCUAUGAAGAAAAUUUCUUUCCACUGGUGGUGAAAUGCAAAGAAGCACCUUGCCCGCAGGCUGUAAACUGUUUCAUCAGCCGUCCCACAGAAAAGCGUAUCUUCACCAUUUUUAUGGUCAUCACCAGUUGUUGUUGUAUCCUACUUACAUUGCUUGAGAUGGUCUACCUGAUGGGAAAGCGCUGUAAGGAGUUGGCAACCACUCGCUCUGGGUACAGACAUCAAGGACACAUUGCAUCUCUAACAAAUUCUCAGGCACAGAAUGCCCAUAACGAGUCCAUGGUAAAGGACCAUCAGGUAGAGGGAAGUGCCCCUGCCUAUAAGGCUUGA